AUAUUCACCCCCCUAGGAGAGAAGAAUACAGGCAAAUCGAACAUUUGAAUUAAGACGACCACUCUCAAUUUCAUCAACCCUAGCAAAAUCUCAAAAUCAAUGGAGGAUCCAAGCUCUAGCCAGCCCUCCUCUUCCACUGACCCGAAAAGUGGUAAGAAAGAUUUUUCGACUGCGAUUUUAGAGCGAAAGAAGUCUCCCAAUCGUCUUGUUGUUGACGAGGCGAUCAAUGAUGAUAACUCUGUGGUUGCUAUGCAUCCUGCUACAAUGGAGAAGCUUCAGUUUUUUCGUGGUGACACUGUGCUAAUUAAGGGAAAGAAGCGUAGAGACACUGUUUGCAUUGUUCUUGCUGAGGAACAAUGUGAGGAACCAAAAAUCAGAAUGAAUAAAGUUGUCAGGGCUAAUCUUAGAGUCCGUCUUGGUGAUGUUGUGUCUGUCCAUCAAUGUCCUGAUGUGAAGUAUGGGAAGCGGGUUCAUAUCCUUCCUAUUGAUGACACUAUUGAGGGUGUUACUGGCAAUCUUUUUGAUGCAUAUUUGAAGCCAUAUUUCUUGGAAUCUUACCGCCCUGUUAGGAAAGAUGACCUCUUCCUUGUCAGGGGUGGCAUGCGCAGUGUCGAGUUCAAAGUAAUUGAGACAGACCCUGGUGAAUACUGUGUUGUGGCACCAGACACCGAGAUCUUUUGUGAAGGAGAGCCCAUCAAACGCGAGGAUGAAGAGAGAUUGAAUGAAGUGGGCUAUGAUGAUGUUGGGGGUGUUAGGAAACAAAUGGCUCAGAUUCGUGAGCUAGUUGAACUUCCUCUUAGACACCCACAGCUUUUCAAAUCAAUUGGUGUGAAACCACCAAAAGGUAUAUUGCUGUAUGGACCACCUGGGUCCGGUAAAACUCUGAUUGCAAGAGCUGUUGCUAAUGAGACAGGGGCAUUCUUCUUUUUGAUUAAUGGUCCUGAGAUAAUGUCAAAGCUGGCUGGUGAGAGUGAAAGCAACUUGAGGAAGGCGUUUGAAGAAGCUGAAAAGAAUGCACCAUCCAUAAUUUUUAUCGAUGAGAUAGAUUCUAUUGCUCCUAAGAGGGAAAAGACUCACGGUGAGGUGGAGAGGCGUAUAGUUUCACAACUUUUGACUUUAAUGGAUGGCCUUAAGUCACGGGCACAUGUGAUUGUUAUGGGGGCUACCAAUAGGCCCAAUAGCAUUGACCCAGCUUUGAGGAGAUUUGGGAGAUUUGAUCGAGAGAUUGACAUUGGUGUGCCAGAUGAAGUUGGACGGUUGGAGGUCCUCAGAAUUCAUACUAAAAAUAUGAAACUUGCUGAAGAGGUUGAUCUUGAAAAAGUUGCAAAGGACACCCAUGGUUAUGUUGGUGCAGAUCUUGCAGCUCUUUGUACUGAGGCUGCUCUUCAGUGUAUUAGGGAGAAAAUGGAUGUUAUUGAUUUGGAGGAUGACACAAUUGAUGCCGAGGUGUUAAACUCAAUGGCUGUGACUAAUGAGCACUUCCAAACUGCAUUGGGAACUUCAAAUCCAUCAGCCUUGCGUGAAACAGUUGUGGAGGUUCCUAAUGUCUCAUGGGAGGAUAUUGGUGGAUUGGAGAAUGUUAAAAGAGAGCUUCAAGAGACUGUCCAAUAUCCAGUGGAGCAUCCUGAGAAGUUUGAGAAAUUUGGCAUGUCACCUUCUAAAGGUGUUCUCUUUUAUGGACCUCCUGGCUGUGGUAAAACCCUACUUGCAAAGGCAAUUGCUAAUGAAUGCCAGGCCAACUUCAUUAGUGUCAAGGGUCCUGAGCUUCUAACCAUGUGGUUUGGAGAAAGUGAAGCAAAUGUGCGGGAGAUAUUUGACAAAGCACGGCAGUCAGCCCCAUGUGUACUUUUCUUUGACGAACUUGAUUCCAUUGCUACUCAGCGUGGCAGCUCUGUAGGAGAUGCUGGGGGUGCUGCUGAUAGAGUCUUGAAUCAACUUCUGACGGAAAUGGAUGGCAUGACAGCAAAGAAAACAGUUUUUAUCAUUGGAGCAACAAACAGGCCAGAUAUUAUUGACCCAGCAUUGCUUAGGCCCGGGCGUCUGGACCAGUUGAUUUAUAUUCCUCUUCCUGACGAGGCUUCCCGUCUUCAGAUAUUUAAAGCAUGUUUGCGGAAGUCACCUGUUUCUAAGGAUGUUGACCUGACAGCUCUUGCACGAUAUACUAAUGGUUUUAGUGGUGCUGAUAUCACUGAAAUUUGUCAACGUGCCUGCAAAUAUGCCAUUAGAGAAAAUAUUGAGAAGGAUAUUGAGAAGGAGAAAAGGAAGCAAGAGAAUCCCGAAGCAAUGGAAGAGGAUGAUGUUGAUGAGGUCCCAGAAAUAAAGGCAGCACAUUUUGAGGAGUCAAUGAAAUAUGCACGACGAAGUGUCAGUGAUGCAGACAUCAGGAAGUACCAAUCUUUUGCUCAGACCUUGCAGCAAUCUCGUGGAUUUGGUACCGAGUUCCGGUUUCCAGACCGUCCUGAGAAUGCUGCAGCAGAUGGAGGAGCUACAGAUCCUUUUGCUUCAGCAACUGCUGCUGCCGAUGAGGAUGAUCUAUACAGCUGAGCUGAAACCAGUGCAAGUUCUUGGCCUUUUCGCUUGUGUAACAUCUAACACCGCACGGCAAUACAUAUUGCCGUAUCAAUUUGCUUUUUAUUUGCAAAGGAAUUGAAGUUUUAUGUUUCGUGCACCCUGCGGAUUAUGUCAGAAUUUGAUGAUAAGCAGCCCAUCACGGGUUGGAUCCUCACAUGAAGUGAAAAAAAAUGGAUCCUCUGCUUUCUGCUUAA